AUGAACAAUGCACCGACCAUGGCCCGGCCCCACGAAUACACCUCUCUCUGGUGGCCCGAGGAGAGAAUUAAGGCCACACUCGAUACCAAGUACAUCAUUAGCCGUCUACGACCCGAGAGUGUUCCUCGGCUUUUUGAUCUUCCCCGUUGGGGUGAGGGUCUGACGAGCGAGACCUACAUGGAAUGGAUUAUGACCAAAGCUGGCCGUCUCUUCUUGAUACUCAACGAGAUAGGGAUCCCCGAUCGUAUCUUCGCUCUUGUCGACGAGUCACGCGAUGAUGAUGACCUACCAAUGGCCGAACAGAACAUCGAUCUUCUGUGCCUUUCUCCCUACGGCAACGAUCCUACCCUCGAUGCAAGCUUUUUCCAUACCCAAUGGCGCUUUCUGGUCCGCGGGAUCUCUGAAGGCGAACACGUUGCCUAUACAGCAAAUGAAGGUGUUCCGGUGGAGGUAGCACGAGCUGCGACAAGCAGCGGAAUACAAGGCAGGGACGAGACAGUCGAUAAAGUGGUCCUGUCCGGGACAGUGUGUCGUGUCUUCUUGCGCACCCGGGUCCAAGUUGGUGGCGCACCGCAUUUCUUCUCCUCGGACGAAGUACUCGAAGAAAUUCGAUCUUUGAGGAAACUCGCCCAUCAGCAUGUCUUCUCGAUCUAUGCUUCAUAUUUCGUCGACGAUACUGUCUGUGUGCUGUUUACUGGGGCCGAAACAGAUCGCACCCUGCAAAGUUUCUUGAGCGAUGAACCUCUGACCUUCAAACGCCUACCCAAGGAGGAGCGCCGGCAGACUCUCAUCACCUGGCCUCAUUGUCUCGUAUCUGCAUUGUCCUGGCUGCAUGUUCGCGGCCAUUCCCAUACUGCAAUUCGGCCUUCCAACAUUCUCGUCGACCCAGACUUCAAUAUCAUUCUGGGCCAAUUCCAAGCCCUCGAUUCUCUUCUUGCGCCGCCACGAGUUAACGGCCUCGAGUCUUAUCAAUACUCUGCUCCCGAACGCUGGAUUCACACUGCCGCUGCACCCGCUCAUCCAGUGCAGCAAGCACCGAGCAAAGUGAUCCUUCCUUCGGGGGGUCGAACUGGGCGGCGGAAGAAGCCCGUUCGACUUGCCCUGGCACCACUCAACGAAACUGGGAGCCCACCAUCAUCACCAGACAACCCUCGACCAGACUCUGCCGCAUCCAAGGGAACCGUUAUUCAUCUUGGACUCCCAAGAUCCCCAUCUCGCUUCUCCUUUGCUUUUUCAUCAUCUUCCUCCUCGUCUGCUGCAUCCUCAAAUUACACUUCCACAAACUCCGCUUCGACCGGCUCCCCAAAACAAAGCAGUCCCCUCUGGUCCAAAAGACCCCGAAGCCUCUUCCCAAUCCCAUCACUAAGAUCAUCGACCUCCUCAUCAUCAUUAUCUUCAACGAGCUCCUCUCUAGUCGCUCCGCCCCCCCUCGACUCCUUCAACUACCCUCCCAACCUGGCACUCAACCCAAACCUCGCAAUCAUCCGCAGAUCUCUUCUCCCUCGCCGCCAUCAUUCUCGAAAUUCUUACCCACCUCUUGCCCGCAACCGCUCCGCCGGUCGUGGCGGCGGAAUGGCAGACGCCUCAUUCCAUCUCGCCCGCAAUUCAGUCCAGGUACAAUCCUGGAUUGCCCUGCUAGAAGGUGACGCGCUGAAACGAUGCCGACGAGAUCGCGGUAGUGACCGCUUCUUCUACGCCGUUCCUCGCAUGCUCAUUGUACUUCGCGCGAUGCUCUCCCCCGAACCGGAGAAGCGGCCGUCCGCAAGCAGAGUGAAGAAGUGUUUUGGGGCGGCGAUUAGGGAAAUCCCGUCUACACGUGGCCCUGCUGUUCCACUUCAUUGUAUCUCGGCUCCGAAGCAGGAGAAGAGCGCACCCAUCAAGGCAUGGCCGAAAGAGGCGGAAGUCAUUGUGGAGAUGGAUAAGAAGAACAACAGAGCGAGCAUGGUUAAGAGGCAGGCUUCCGUGCCUAUCUUGACGAAGGCGAAAGCCGAGUCGGUUCUUUCCUCGUCGUCGGUUUCCGAGUUUGACUUUGGGUUUUCGGAGGCUGCUAGUGAUAGUGAGACCAAUCCGGAGGAAUUGCAGGAUGGAUUUGAGGAUGAAAUUGAUCCUUCUAUUUUGGAUGAUUUUGAGCCAAUUGAACCGGUCGAUCGAGUGUCGCCUCAAUUAUCAUUACCGGAUCUUGAUGCUAACAUUACCGGGAUUGAGGCGUUGACCUUUCGUACUUAG